AUGUCAAAUCAAACCGAUAUUGUUACACAAUUGCAAAAAUUACCAUUUAUCAGUGAUGACGUAAAAAAUAUAAUUAAUGAUAUAUAUCAAUAUGAAAUGGAAAUGUUAAACAACGAAAAACAUCAUCAUCAUCGUCAAAAAUUUAUACAAUUAUUUGAUGAAUUAUUACGAUCAUUAAAAAAUGACUUAUUUAAUAUGAAAGAAUCUGUAUAUGAUAUACAAAUAAAAAGUCUAUUUGAUCAAACAAAAUUACAAUUAGAAAAAUUCAAAAAUACAUUUUCCAAUGAAACAUUAAAUAUUGAACAAUUUAAUUCAAUAUUUUUGGAACUAACAACAUGUAUUGAAAGAAUAUAUAGUAUUAUGCAAACCAUAUUCAAACGUGUUACAAUUAAAAUAAAUACAGGUAUUGAAGAAAAUGAAAAAUUAUUUGCUGAAAUCGAUGGUAUCAAGAAGAAAUUAAAUCAAUAUGAACAAUUAAAAAUGCAAAUCGAAGAACUUAAAAAGAAAGAUUUACAACGUUUGAAAAUAGAAAAAUAUCAUGAUAAAAGAAUUUUAAUACACGAUUUAUUUACUAUACUUGAAGAAAAAUUGUCUAAACAAUUGCAACAACACAACAUACCGGACGAAAAAAUAAAUAUAUUUUUAGAACCAAUCAUGAACUGUAAUACAUUAUCACAAUAUCAUCCUGUAUUACAUAAUAUUUUAGAAGAAAUAUCAAAAGAUUUCGGAUUAACUUGUGAUCAAAUAAUGUUCUAUUUGAAAGAAAAAAAAUCCAAUGAAUCGUUUCAUAUAGAUAUGGAUUUCGAAGCGUACGCUAGAUCUCGUGAAGAUAGUCAAACAUAUAUUUUGAAUGAAUUUCUUGCAACAAUGAAGAUGCAUUUACUUGAUGCACAAGAUGUUGUCGUGCUCCAACCAGUCUUCGAAAAAGUUUGUCGAAUCAUCAACAAUCAGUAG